UCCUUGAGGAUCUUUUACAGAAUGAUGUGUAUUUACCCACGGCUACACAUCAAAAAGAAUUCGAUACAAUAAGUGGAAAACUAGAAGAGUCUUCUGAUAAAGAUGGUCUUCUGCAGCCAACCUGUGGAAUGAAAGCUUCUAAUCCAAAUAAAGUCUUAGAAUUGAAGGACAGAGAAACAUUCAAAGCAGUGGAUAUGAGUUCUGUAGAGCCUAUAUCCAGUCUUUUUGGCAAACUGACUACUGAAACUUCACAGUCUCCAAAAGUUGAGGAAGACUUUAAUCUUGCUACCAAGGAGGGAGCAACAAAGACAGUAACUGGACAACAAAAACAUGAUAUUGGCAUUACUGAACGAGCUCCACAAGAUCAAACAAAUAAGAUGCCCAUAUCCGAAUUAGGACAAAAAGAAGAUAGAAAAUCAGCUUCAGUUCCUGAGAUUAUCUCUGUGAAUGAUACACAGAAUUAUGUGUGUUUACCUGAGGCUACAUAUCAAAAAGAAAUAAAGACAAUAAAUGGCAAAAUAGAAGAGUCUCCUGAAAAGCCUUCUGACUUUGAGCCUGCCAUUGAAAUACAAAACUCUGUCCCAAAUAAAAGCUUAGAAUGGAAGAAUAAACAAACAUUGAGAGCAGAUAAUAUGUUCACAUUAAAACCAGGACAAGAAACAUAUGCAGAAUCACAUUGGAGUUCUAAGAACUUUGAACAGAGUAUUUCUGAAAGUGCUGCGCAGAAUUACACGUGUUUACCUGAGGCUACAUAUCAAGAAGAAACCAAAAGAAUAAAUGGAAAACUAAAGGAUUCGACUAGCCUAUCAAAAAUGUUGGAUGCAGUUCCUUCUUGUGAAAGAGCACGGGAACUUAAAAAAGAUCACUGUGAACAACUUACAAGAAAACUGGAACAAAUGAAAAACAAGUUUUGUGUACUACAAAAGGAACUAUCAGAAGCAAAAGAAAUAAAAUCACGGUUAGAGAACCAAAAAGUUAAAUGGGAACAAGAGCUCUGCAGUGCGAGAUUGGCUUUAAAUCAAGAAGAAGAGAAGAGAAGAAAUGUCGAUAUAUUAAAUGAAAAAAUUAGGGAAGAAUUAAGAAGACUCAAAGAGCAACAUAGGAAUGAGUUAGAAGUGAAACAACUUUCACAGGCUCUCAGGAUACAAGAUAUGGAAUUGAAGAGUGUAACAAGUAAUUUGAAUCAGGUUUCUCACUCUCAUGAAAAUGACAAUGCUCUCUUUUAUGAAAAUUGCAUGUUGAAAAAGGAAAUUGCCAUGCUAAAACUGGAAAUAGACACACUAAAACAUCAACACCAGGAGAAGGAAAAUAAAUACCUUGAGGACAUUAAGAUUUUACAAGAAAAGAAUGCUGACCUUCAAAUGACCCUAAAACUGAAAGAGAAAACAUUAACAAAAAGGGCAUCUCAGUAUAGUGGGCAGCUUAAAGUUCUGAUAGCAGAGAACACAAUGCUGACUUCUAAAUUGAAGGAAAAACAAGACAAAGAAAUACUGGAGACAGAAAUUGAAUCAUACCAUCCUAGACUGGCUUCUGCUUUGCAAGACCAUGAUCAAAGUGUGACAUCAAGAAAAAAACAAGAACUUGCUUUCCACAGUGCAGGAGAUGCUCAUUUGCAAGGAAAAAUGAAUGUUGAUGUGCGUAAUACAAUAUGUAACAAUGAGAUGCUCCAUCAACCACUUUGUGAAGCUCAAAGGAAAUCCAAAAACCUAAAAUUUAAUCUCAAUUAUGCAGGAGAUGCUCUAAGAGAAAAUACAUUGGUUUCAGAACAUGCACAAAGAGACUGCCGUGAAACACAGUGUCAAAUGAAGAAAGCUGAACACAUGUAUCAAAACAAACAAGAUAAUGUGGACAAACACACUGAACAGCAGCAGUCUCUGAAGCAGAAAUUAUUUCAACUACAAAGCAAAAGUAUGUGGCUUCGACAGCAAUUAGUUCAUGCAUGUGAGAAAGCUAACAAAAGCAAGAUAACAAUUAAUAUUCAGUUUCUUGAGACGAAAAUGCAACAUCAUCUCCUAAAAGAGAAAAAUGAGGGAUUUAAUUACAGUAACAAUUUAAAAGAAUGUACAGAUCAAUGUGAAAAAGAGAAAGCAGAAACAGAAGUAAGUAUCAAAAAAUGUAAAUACUUUUCAACCUUCCUGAAAGAAAAUGGCCUUGGCUAA